GAUUUCCCCACGAAACUCCCCGGAAUCGUUUCAGGCUCGGACGGCGAAGGCCAGCUGGCCGUGAUGGUCUACGUCCACGGCGAGAGCUUCGAGUGGGGCUCGGGGAAUCCGUACGACGGGAGCAUCCUCGCCUCGCACGGGCGAGUCGUCGUCGUCACGCUCAACUACCGGCUCGGGGUCCUCGGGUUCCUGAAGACGAGCGGCCGGAACGAGCAGCAGGGGACUGGACUGCACGACCAGCUGGCGGCGCUGCACUGGCUGCAGGAGAACGUCGGGGCCUUCGGGGGGGAUCCGGCACGGAUCACCAUCUUCGGGCACGGCACCGGCGCGGCCCUCGUCAAUCUGCAUCUGCUGUCGAAGAUCACUAAAGGGAUCAUCCGGCGAGCGAUCCUGAUGAGCGGCUCGGCGCUGAGUCCCUGGGGAUUCCUCAGGGACCCGCUCGAGACGAAGAAGCAGGUGGGAGAGUCGCUCAACUGCAGCCUGGAGAGGCCGGACAGGGAGGACCUGGCGCCUUGCCUCAGACUCAAGUCGCUCUUCUCCCUGCUCAACGCGGAGCCGGCUCCGCCCGCGUUCACGCCGGCGUACGGGCCGUUCGUGGACCUCAACAUGGUCGUGUCGAGUCCGGAUUACCUGCUGAGGCGUUACAAGGGCGAGACGGACCUGCUCGUGGGCGUCACGACCGCCGAGAGCUUCCUGGACCUCAACGACCGCGACGUCAAGUUCGGCUUCGAGGAG